CGGUCGCGCGCGCGCAGCCCGAAGUGGCCCCGCCGCGCCCCGUGACCCGCCUGCCCCUGCCGCGCGCGCGCUGGGCCGCGCCGCGGCGGCCGCUCGACCUCUCCUCGGCUGCGCACGAGGACCUCGCCACGCGAGCCGAGGCGCUGCUCCGCAAGCUCCUCGUCACCGACAACUACGACUCGGUCAGCAACUUCAUCUCGCUGUACGACGCCUUCGAAAGGAGCGACGAGCCGCUCUACGACGUGUACGAGAAGUACUCGCCGCCCAUCCGCGCCAAGAAGCACACCUGCGUCGGUUUGGGCCUGGAGCUGAUGAGGAGAUGGCGCGGACUGGACAAGGAGUUCCUCGGAUUCGCGGGCGCGACGGCGCUGCUCUCCUGCGAAGAGGCCGUAGUGGACGUCCGCGAGUACGUGACGAGCGGUGACAGCCCGGUCGCCGUCAUCGAGGCCGAGAAGGAGCACGUGAUGGUCGGUGUGCAGAUCAGGAUCGACGGCAGACAGGGGCUGCUGCUCGCCGACCCCGGCUAUCACGUGCCGAGAGUCGUGACUGUCAUGGCCGAUGGAGCUUACCCACAUACUGGUUGGUUCACGCAAUCAGACGAGCCGCACUGCAGGAAGGAGUACAGCUACACGUUCAACCCUCAAAACAGUUCAUACGUGGAGUGGCACGAGCGGGAAACGCGCGGCGCUGCGCUGAAGUGCCAGACAUCUCUAGUCUACGCCGCCAGACCGUAUUUGGACGGCGUCAACGUCACAGAGCGGAGAAACCUAGUGUAUAACUUUAGGAGUCUCCUAUCGCGCGACCAGAAAGGGCACCUGAUGGCGGGUAUCUACUUUCCGGUGGGCGCUCGUGGGAAGGACGCCCAAUUCACGCUCUUUUUCGACAACGGCCACGAAAAAACCAAGACCAAGUACAAGUUCUGUACUUUCUUGGAGUCUAAUAAUAUACCACCAUCAGUGCCGGAGGAAAUCGAACUAUGCAACGCCCAAAUGAACUACAAGCCGGGUGAGCUAAUGAAGAUCAUCUGCAAACUGGCAAAAGUGCUGGCCAACCAAAUAUUCGUGGACCAAAUGCUUGAGAUAAACGACGACAUCUGCCGUAUCAGCCUCUGACAAACGCACAAUGGCGUCGACAACAUGGCCGCUCUAAACAAAAUGGGCGACGCCGAUAACGAAGAUUUCGACGCUAUUGUUUUCGAUGCAUUCCCUUCCAUCUUUUACCCCAAUUUGUAAUAUAGUUUACGUAUUCGUUUACUAUUCUGUAACAUUAAAAAUUAUUUUGUGAUUUCUUUUUAACCUGGCAAUCGGUACUUAUUUGAAUUAUCGGUAAAGGGUACAUAAUAUUUUACAAUUUUAUUGUUUCCCUAGUACGUAAGUUUACUGUCAUUUUUUUGUAUUAAUA